AGCCGUGAAUUGCGUUCCAUGAACGGAAAGCGAAUCGCCCGAAGUUGAAGAGAUUCGCCGAUUCGCUGUGCAGCCGUCAUCCGUCGGUCAGUCGCGGGAGGUGCUGUCGUUGGUCGUGAUUCAUUCAAUCGUCUUAGGAUCAAACACGCGACCACAACCCAACUGCGCACAAUUUGGUGUGAAAUCGUCUUCGGACUGGCGAAGUGACGAGGCGUCAAAAGCAUGAAGGAGAUCCUGAUCGCGCUCAGCGCGAUUCUGGCUGUAGCUGCAGCCGGAGUGGUCAUAACUGCAGGACCACAACCUCUUCUAGGUCAAGAUGAAUGUACAUGGGGUCCAAGUUACUGGUGUGAGAAUCUAAAGACAGCUAAGGGAUGCAGUGCCGUCAAUCAUUGUAUUCGUCGAUGGGAGCAGAUGGAAGUGCCGGAGGAUAAUGACGAUGUAUGUGGAAUUUGUAAAGAUAUGGUGAAACAGGCGCGAGAUCAACUGGAGAGUAAUCAAACUCAACAAGAUUUGAAAGACGUCUUUGAGGGAAGCUGCAAAUUGAUUCACAUUAAACCUAUUGUUGAAGAAUGUAUCAAAAUUGUGGAUCAAUUUAUCCCUGAAUUGGUGGAGACGUUGGCGUCUCAAAUGAAUCCAGGUGUUGUUUGCUCUGUCGCAGGACUUUGCAAUAAUGCUCACAUUGAUAAAUUACUUGCGGAGUAUCAAAUUCCAGAGCGAAGUAUAAUAAAGAAGGGUGAAACAAAGUCAGUCUUAUUGAAGAAUGAUGAACUUGAGCCUGACGAGUGCACCAAGUGCUACACGAUAGCAAAGUAUAUGGAAAAUAAAUUGCAUCGUACACCACAAAGCACAAUGCUCCUACAAUUUUUGCGUAUUUGCGGCGAACUUGGUUCUUAUUCGGAUUCCUGUUCGGCCAUUAUUAUGACUCAUUUUGAUACCAUUUACGACCAUCUACAGAAUAAUUUCAAUGCGGAUAACAUUUGUCAUUUGUCGGGACAGUGCAGUGGCAAAUAUCACAAACACGAAAACAGUACAGUUCUACAAGUAGAAAUAACCCCACUGUCGAGUGUAGGCAUGGUAGAAGUUCAAGAUGAUCUUCCAUGUAAAUUGUGUCAGCAGCUUGUGGGUCAUUUGAAAGAUCUUCUAGUUGCAAACACAACGGAGUUAGAAUUUAAAGAAGUUCUUUUGGGCCUUUGUAAGCAAACAAAAUCUUUCGCUGAUGAGUGUAAAGCCAUAGUGGAAGAAUAUUAUUCCCAAAUCUAUGAAUAUCUUACACACGGAUUGAAUAGCAAUGUUGUCUGUCAAAUUUCUGGAAUUUGUCCUGGCCCUGACAAAAUGAUGCAGGGACCAAUUUGGCCUCUGGUCCCAGUAGAAGUAGCCAAAAUAGGGGUAGGCAUAAUGAGGAAGGAAGAACCUCGAAAAGAAGAGAUUGAAGUUACUAUUGGCAAGGAACAUCAAAAAUCGGAAGCUGAAGAAAUGCAACUGCCACUCGAAAGAUUAAUGCCUUAUCCUUUAUUACAAGAACAAAGUGUUGAUGGAACACAAGCAUGUACAUUGUGCGAAUAUUUGUUGCAUUAUAUUCAAAAUACUCUUACUGAUCCUACAAAUGAGGAAAAAGUGAAAGAAUUUUUUGGAAAAAUAUGUACGAAAGUACCUUCUUCCAUUGAAGGCGAAUGUCAAGAAUUCGUAAAUACUUAUGGAGAUGCAGUUGUCGCUCUACUUGUCCAGGAAAUUGAUCCAUCACAGGUUUGUACUAUGAUACGUAUUUGCCCAUCAGAAGCAUUAUUGAAAAUGUGGGAGAAGAUUCCUAAACAGUAUACCAUUACAACAGUAGAAGAUAAACCAAGUUGUCCGUUCUGUUUGCUUGCGAUAACGCAAGUUUACGAUGUUAUUAAAAAUAAUAAAACUGAGGCUAACAUUGAAGCUGAAUUGGAUAAAUUAUGUAAUCAUUUGCCACAAAAUUUGAUCAAUCAAUGCACAGAAUUUGUGAAGACAUAUAGCAAAGAACUCGUAGACAUGCUACUUGCAGAUAUGACACCCCAGGAAGUAUGCACCUAUCUUCAUUUGUGUGAUCCAACCAAAGAUCCUGGUCCCAAACAUAACUAUAUUCCUGAGAAGAGUGAAGAAAUAUUGACUAAUGAGAUACCCGAGUAUCCAUUACAUAUAUUUCAGCCCACGAAUAUCUUAGACGAUAGUGUGUGUAUAAUUUGUGAAUUUGCAAUGCAAUAUAUUGAUAAAACGAUUGGUAAUAACAAAACUCGAGCGAAGAUAGAAAAAGCAGUACAUGGUGUAUGCAAUUAUUUACCAAAAACAGUUGCCAAAGAAUGCAAUGAGUUUGUGGACGAAUAUGCUGAUGCUCUCAUAAGUGUCCUCGCAGAAGAUGUCACUCCUAAAGAGGCCUGUACUGUGCUAGGUCUUUGUAAAGUAAACAUGAAAAAAAUUCAAGAAUCUAUAUCUGAAUGUGCCUUGUGUCGAUCAAUUAUAUCACAAAUUGAUAAGCUAUUAGGUAAUUCAAGGGUAGACGCUGAGAUCGAAGAAGUUGUUAAGAAAGUGUGCAAAUAUUUACCAGGAAAUAAUCAAGAAACGUGCAACAAGAUGGUGGACAUUUAUGGGCCAAGUAUAAUAAAUAUGCUGAAAACUCAUAUGGAUAGUGAAAAGAUGUGCAGCAAAAUUGCUCUGUGCUCUUCCAAUGAUUAUUUUGCUAUGUCGUUGAAGAAUCAUAAAAAUGAUGAAGUUGCAUAAAUUUCAUCAAUUUACAGAUGACACAAACUACUAUUUGGAGGAGAAUCUAAGAAGUGAGAACAAAGAGAGUGAUGCGCUACGCUCCUCAAUUGGAAGUAUCAGAUUUCUGGAGAUAUUAGCCAUAGCAAAAUAGCCUAUUUCAUGUUAUAAUAUUAUAUAUCGAUGAUCUUUUUAUUAAAUCUCUAACUACAAUCGAACACUCGGAUAAUAUUGAUCUGUAUAGACACGAUGAAUGACAUUGCGAUAUUCGCACUUGAACCAAAUAUUGCGCGUAGUUCACCGUACUUACGUUGACAUCAUAAAAUUUGUAAUUUUUAAUAGCAUCGCAAGAAUUCAUUUCCUCCUGAAAUAAAGUAAGUUGUUAUUUUAUAUAUAAUUAAAACGAUAUAUUAAAAAAUAUCCCCGUCUCUCUACAUGCUUUUUUCAAUUUAUUCAACCUAUGAUGAUCUGUUAUUUUCAACUGUGAUAAUGAUAAAAUAAAAAAUUUAAAAAAUUUUAA